UCGUUCGUGGUUAGCAAUACCAGGUCACUCUUCUUGUCGUCGCUUUGAUGGAUCAACCGCAUAAAUCCGCUCUUCUGUGGUUUUCCAGGGCCUCACCAUGCCUUUUGCUCGGGUGGGGGCGAUGCCUCCGCCCUCUCGCUACGAUGGGCAAGUCUCAUCGGCUCCGCAACAGCAGCAGCAAGAUGUUGGUGGAAGACCAUCGCGUCGUCAAAAAGGAAUCACCAUGGAGGACUUGAAAAAGCAAACCGCGAUGCGCUUGGCUCAGGAGCAUCAUCAGGUCCCCCCAGGUGUGCCGAAGACUGCUGCUGUAUCGGGAGAUCCCAGAACGAGGCAUCCUGUAGUGACGCCUCAAACUCUAGCCGCGCGAAGAAUUGCGGCGGCUGCGGCUCAUGCUCCCAGUACCAGCCGUGACGUGCCGGUUCCUCAUUACCAGCGGCUUCACCACCAACAGCAGCAUCACAGUAGUCCAAUGGUCCAUCACAUUCCAAAUACUGUCGAUCCUCCAGGAAUGAGCUAUGGCGCGUCUCCUCAAUAUGAUCAGGGAGCAAACAUCAAUAAGAAUCCCACUCGCCACAAAAAUCCGAGACAGGCCAAAUUCGCCGAGAUGCAAAUGGCUGAACAACAUCAGCAAUCGAUCAAUGUAACGAGCAACCGAUUCCAACAAGAGCAACAGAGGUCACAAUACUCGCGACCUUCGUCAGCCCCUCUUUUGCCCGCCAAUCCUCUCUCUUCAAACUCUUCAGCUUACAAUUCAGCCGCCGGUAACUUGGGAAGCGGCAAUGGCCAAUCAAGCUCCACGAGCAAACUCCCUCAUGGAUUGACUGUUAACGAGCUAAAAGAAAUGACGAAAGCCAGAUUGCAGGCCGAAGCCGCCGAUAAAAUGUCCACUUCAACAGGAAGUGCUGUCGUGGAAAUGGAGACUCGAGACCCCAGCAGUGCGGGCUUUGAUGCAAUGCAGUCAAAUUAUGGACAAUCCAUGCCAAGCUUAGAUAGAAGCGGGCAUGUGGUGCCGUCCCAAGUGCACACGAAUUCCAUGGGUUUCGAUCAUGGGUCGAGCUUUCGCCAGCCUGCUCAGGUAUCCCCCAUACCGUCCUCCCUACAUGGUUUUGGCCAAAGUACCUCGUCUUCCUCUUUCAACGAUACCUUGGCUCAAGAUCCGAGCAGAACAGUAGCAGGAAACCGAGGUCGGGUGGACUCUUACCCGGAUUCCAACUGGGACAAUGCUAGCGUGACAUCCCACAAUAGCACUGUUGCCUCUGAAUAUUUGGGCUCAGAAUCAGCAUUUUCCUCUGGUGUCAACGGAUAUGGCCAGUUAGAUGAUCCCUCGGCGAUGUCUCUGGGAAGAACCCAAUCUUAUCCAUUGGGAAGCAAUGGUCGGUCCACGGCUGUGUCGUCCGAAAUGGUCUCGAGAGAAAACACCCCGACGAACUCGAUUCCAUCUCCGAUUGGAACUUCCUACUUUGAGCCCUCGGCUUCUGCGAUGAAUCAGAACCGACAGCGAGCCAUGACGCUGUCACCACGACCAGGCUUGUCUCUGUUGCACGAAGACCGUCCCGGGUUUUGCGAGGAUGAGCUGGGAAUUCCUUCCUUCUCUUCAGGAUCUCGUCAUGCACGUCAGCAAUUGACUGCUCGAUCCAGGAGGAGCUUCUCACCCAUCUUGCAACCCCAAGCGUAUGCCAGUGAUAGCAGUCUCGGUGCUGGAGGGAAUUAUGGAAGCAACAACAACUUGCCCGGCGGGGUUCUUGGAGGCAACAUCAUGGAGAAUCGUCCCAGGACAUCCUCCACUGCUUCUCUGCCAGCGAUUUCGCACACUGCAGAAGAGUUUGCGUUGGAUGGCCAUGGUACGUCUCGCAGGUCAUCUGACAAUGUCACUAUGAGAGGACCAACCAUCAGUGAGCAUUCGGCUAUUCAUAGUGGCGGAGACGCGUUAUUGGGAUCAUCCAGCAUUUACGGUAGCGGUGUUGACGGACGAUCACACCAGACGUCCUCUGUCUUCCGAAACGACUAUGGUGGCAUCCCUGCUCCUCCUGGACUUGGUCAUGACAACAUUGGCAUGCCAGGAUCCGGACACAACCCGCUAGUUCCAAGAGCAGGGAGCCUCGAUGGCAUGGGCAGCAAUAGAGUACGCGCUUCUACGUGGGCCGCUGCUCCCGCUUCGGACAUGUUUGGAUCCAGCAGUGGAUUGUACGAUUACAACGGCGACGACACUCUGGCUGGCGACUUGGCUUCCAUCUUGAAGUUGUCCGGUGCCGAGGAGAAGCCGGAUGCCGAUCGCUCGGGCAUGUUGUUCAGUGACAUGCCUUCUUCAUUUCUCGGGAGGUCGUGAGACUUUUCGAUGGUAGUGAUUCAUGUUGUCGAGAAGAUCAAGGCUCAGGGUCUUUUUCUUUGAUAUGAUAGAUUAUUUGCAGAACGCAUGGCAGGUGGCCGCUGCGCAAGUGUUAUUGGUGACGUUUCCAUUUGAUGGAUGGAUGUUGCUGCUUACCGGUACCUUGUCAAUUUAUAUUCAUGUUUCUUGGUGAGUUAUACGUGUUUCUACGGGAAGUGUCGGGGGUCAUGUGCUUGGUCUACAAAUCAUGAUCAGUGAAACUCGUCCCACUGUGGGUUGAAAGUUUUUGUGGUGAUAGUUCAGUGGUUGACCUUCGAACCAUCUGGUGCUGUAAUAUGACCUUUUGCCCAGGUCUUGUCCCAAUCUAUGGAAUAAACUUUAUAUUUUAAACUAUUGCGUUGAUUAGU